GCCCCGCCCCGCCAUGGCGCCCGAGGAGACCGCAGAGGCUGCGAGCCUGCUGCGGAAUUUCGAGCGCCGCUUCCUGGCUGCUCGCUCGCUGCGCUCCUUCCCCUGGCAGAUCCUGGAAGAGAAAUUAAGGGACUCAUCAGGUUCUGAGCUACUGCUGAAUAUUUUGCAGAAGACUGUGAAGCAUCCUCUGUGCGUGAAUCGCCCACCAUCAGUGAAGUAUGCCCAGGGCUUUCUCUCAGAGCUCAUCAAAAAGCACGAGGCUGUCCAUGAGGAGCCCUUGGACCAGCUGUAUGAGGCGUUGGCGGAGGUCCUGACAGCCAAGGAGCACCCCCAGUGCUACCGGAGCUAUCUACUGGUAGGGGACACGUGCCCCCCACCCCCACAGGCCAGAUGCCUGCCUCCACACCAGGACUCAGGCUCCAGGCAGCCUCAUCCUUCUGGAGACUCGGUCACGCUCUCUGAGAGCACGGCCAUCAUUUCCCAUGGCACCACUGGCCUGGUCACAUGGAACGCCGCACUCUAUCUUGCAGAAUGGGCAAUAGAGAACCCGCUGGCCUUCACUCACAGGACUGUCUUAGAGCUUGGCAGUGGAGCCGGCCUCACGGGCCUGGUCAUUUGCAAAAUGUGCUGUCCCAGAGCAUACGUCUUCAGUGACUGUCACAGCCGUGUCCUUGAGCAGCUCCGAGGGAAUAUCCUUCUCAAUGGUCUCUCGUUGGAGCCAGGUGCCACUGCCGCUGCGCAGCACCCAGGACACAACACCAGAGACUCAGAGAGUCCCAGGCUGAUGGUGGCCCAGCUGGACUGGGACAUCGUGACAGCCCCUCAGCUCGCUGCCUUCCAGCCAGACAUUGUCAUCGCAGCAGAUGUGCUGUAUUGUCCGGAGACGAUCCUGUCCCUGGUCGGGGUCCUGCACAGGCUCUCAGCUUGCCAGAAGGACCAGCGGGCACCUGACGCCUACAUUGCCUUCACUGUCCGCAACCCGGAGACGUGCCAGCUGUUCACCACAGAGCUGGGCCGGGCCGGGAUCCCAUGGGAAAAAGUGCCGCAGCAUGACCAGAAACUGUUCUCCUGUGAGGAGCGCUCGGAAAUGGCCAUUCUGAAACUGAUGCUGUAAGUCUACAUUUUUGAAGAUUAAAGGGAAAAUUAAAUCACUAUCCUGGAAAGAAUUUUUAUGUGAGAAAGCCGAUAAAACCUUCACUGGACUUGAAUGACUUAAUUUAUUAAUUCAGAAUCAGGAACCACAAACUGUGUUCUAAUAAAAUAUAAGCUGUUCAAGUA